CUUUGGAUCAUGAGCUUUUUUCUUGAGAUGGAUGGAUGGAAGGCUCACUACUCACUUGAGUGUUUCCACGGCUUUCAUAGUCAACUAAAGUUAUUGGCUUUUCUGUCUUCUCAAUGAAGGAUGACGACUCCGAUUUCAUUCUCUUGAACGACAAAGCGCACUGGAAGAGAGCCCUGCUGCUGCCCACCUGCUGCCAUGUCACGUUUACAUCAUUUAACAGUUUGACCUUUUGAGGCUUCUCAAAAGGGAUCUCUUUGUUAGUUUGGGAGAACACCUUCUCUGCAGUUCUACCAAGAUUUUUAACACUUUCAGUGAAGUCAAAGCACCAUCGAUGGAACUAAUGAGUUGGACUAUUUUAAUGGAUUUGGCAGGCAUGACAACUUGCUAAUUAUUAUUGUCGUGGAACCAAUUUGAAGUUGGGGAUUUCAUGCAAAACACCUGAACUUUAUUAAGAUGCAUUUUCAUUUGAAUGUGCCAAAUGUGAUGGGCGCGCUGAGUCAUUUGAGAUUGUUCAGAUUUUUUUUCCUGGUGCUCCAGAGGAAAUUGCUCCCACAAACAGCACACAUCUCUUUUUUUCAUGACAGGAUCGGCGUGAUCUUGCAUUACGGUAGCAGAUUGUGCAGGUGCAGGUGGAGGGGCGGGCCUUCCAGGUCACAGCACAAGACUGUGCAUCUUUUUCAGGCCACCUGCAUGUCCUGAAGUAUGGGUGGGAGUGGAGCACUGCAUUAGCAAAGAGGGCGUUAAUGGAGCUGUGCGGUCCCAACAUGAGCAAGGGCGGAGGCUCCCUCUGCCAGGUGAAGCAGCUUCCCUGCCACGGCAUUUCCCUUUGCCGCCUCCAGGCCAGCGGGCAGCCCCUGCACAACCUCUCGCCUCACACCCACCCAUACCGGGUCAACCAGGUGGCCCCGGCCCUCCGGCGGCGGCCGAGCGGAGCUGCGGCCUCCCGCUGUGGCAGCAUGGAGUGCGAGCCCUCCAAAACGGGCCAGUUGGGCUCGUCUUCUCGGACAGUGCUGGUAACCGGAGGUGGAGGAUACUUCGGCUUCAGGCUGGGGAGGGCGCUGGCUGCUCAGGGGAUGUCUGUGAUCCUCCUGGACAUCAACAAACCUUCAUGGGAAAUCCCUGACGAAGCGCUCUUCUAUCAGAGCGACAUCCGGGAUUAUUCAUCACUCUACAACAUUUGUGAUGGGGUUGACUGUGUGUUCCAUUCGGCAUCUUACGGCAUGUCUGGCCCCGAACAGCUGAGGAAAGAGCAGGUGGAGUCCAUCAACGUGGGUGGGACCAAUAAUGUCAUAAAUGUGUGCAAAGAAAGGAGCAUCCCCCGGCUGGUAUACACCAGCACCACCAAUGCAGUAUUCGCAGGGGAGCCCAUCGAGGAUGGCGACGAGGCAUCCGUCCCCUGCGUGGCCCCCGCAGUGCACAUUGAUCACUACUCAAGGACGAAAGCUAUCGCGGAGCAGAUGGUCCUCUCCGCCAACGGAUGCUCUCUCAACGGCGGCGGUGUGAUGAGAACUUGUGUCCUGCGGCCUUGCGGCAUCUACGGCCCCGGAGAGCGCCGACACCUACACAGGGUGAUGGUGAACGUGGAGCGUCGCUUUUUCAGUUUCCGAUUCGGCGAUCGGCGGGCCAGGAUGAACUGGGUGCACGUGGACAACCUGGUGCUGGCCCACACGUUAGCCGCGGAGGCUCUCACCAUGAAGAAGAGCUGCGUCGCUAGUGGACAGGCCUAUUUCAUCAACGAUGGACUUUCAGUGAACCUCUUUGUGUGGUUAACACCUCUUUUUGAGAGAUUGGGCUACAGCCGGCCGUUGAUAAACCUGCCUGUUUCUCUUGUCUAUUCGGCAGCCAUCCUGGUGGAGUAUUUGCACAUAUUCUUGAGACCUGUGAUUGACGUGCCUCUCUUGUUCACCAGAAGUGAAGUGAGGAACAUAGCGGUAAGCCACACCUUCAAGAUAGACAAGGCCCGUAGAGAGCUUGGAUACUGUCCCAAAUCGUACAACCUGGCGGAUUGUGUGGAGCAGUACCUCAAAUCCCGCCAGGCUCACUCCGGUUCUGCCGGCGUCCACUGGACCCCCGGGCUGCACAGACCCCAUGUGGUACUGCUGUUGCUGAUGGUGGCUCUGGCCCCGCUGCUAGUCUUGUUGAGCUGCAUGCUGUGUAAGGAGCACGCUGGCUGACUAGUAACAUUGUACAAUCUGGAGACAGCCAUUGCUUGAAGGUCUUCUUUGGUCUUCUGGAUGCGGGUGAAAAUCUCCUUAAAGAGGACUUUGUACUCUGGCUCCUCAGACACCAGCGAGGGUU